AGCGACGCCGUGUAGUUGCACUCAAUUUUUUGUUCCCCCCUGCAUUGCUAGGGAUCAUUGCUAAAUUCUCACUUUGUCUUCACUCCGGUAUGCCUAUGUGUCAGAAGGGAGAGCGUAUUGAAUUCCGAUAUUCAGGCUGCGUGCUUGUCGUGCAGUUUACGCCUUCUUUCUACCUUGUUGAAGUAGAAAUGUUCAAAAAGAUAUAGGCCCGUAACUGUCGCUUUCGUCUUUGCGCGAAAUACAAAGAAGCGUUUUUCGAAAGAACACGGAAGAUGACGCGCAACACGGUUUCUUUGGUUGUGUCUGUGGCGCUCAGCCAGACGUUCAGCUUUGCCGCCGGCAAGGCGAAGACGGAGGCCGACGCUGUCCGCGAAACCUCGCUGGAACGCAACCGUUCCCGGAAGGAGUUUUUCAAAAAGUACAAGAAGCAGCGGCACCAGAGUUUGGUGUGGCAGCAGGCGGGGUGCAUUCUGGAUGCACACGAGAAGGUCUGCGACGAUGACGCGCCGAAGAACAGCAAGUACGCUGAGAAACUACACAUCCGGCUGCUGGAGGAAAGUUUGAAUCCGUUGUCGCACGAGAACAUGUUCCUGUGCUGCUGUCCCCGGCCCUACAAGACCUGCGGGCGGAACAAGGUCGACAAAUUCUGCCUGAAGGAGGUGGCGGCCAUGAAAAAGCGCAUCACGGGCAUCAAUCCCGACCACGAUGACGCGGCGACUGAGAUGCAGAAGGAGCUGCAGAAACUGCGCGGGCGUCUCAUGGACAACGCGAUGAAGGGAAAAGUCAACGAAAAAGACGCAGUUUUUAUGAAGGUUUGGUUUGCCCUGUAGUCUUGGUUCUCGUGAGAUCAUCUGGUGGUAAAAAAUUUUGCGACUUGAGUGACAAAAAAUAUUUAGAGAUCUCUUGUAUCAACAGAAAUGUAUCGCUCUCCAGUAUCCUCACUAAAAAAAAACCCAGGACGAAUCCGAAAAGUCGGUGGUGGCGCCGAUGGAGCCGUUUACCUAUUGCACCAAGGAGCAGAAACUGUACCACACCCGGCCGGACUUGAAGUGCGACAUGCUCACGUGGCAGUUUGAGGAGCUCUCGGACGGCAACAAGCCGGAGUUCAAGCAGGACGAGUGCCCCUUCGUGCGGAUCCACCAAGCGAAGCGGCAGAAAGCGGACAAGCGCAAGGAUCACAUGUACAACAAAAAGAACUGGGGCCCCUUGCAACAGCUCCUCGACUAGGAAAAAGGAAAAACUCCAACCUCGUUCGCGGUUUGUUAUUCUCUGUAUCACAGAAAGCAGGUGAAAGUUGUAGUUGUAGAUCAAGCAUACAAGAAUAGGAUCGGUCGCGAUCAGUCUAUCAUGCGUGUUAGGGAUGCAACCUUGACGUCGAGUUGUCGGGUCCUGUGGUACUAGCAUGACAAACCGAGGACGAGUGCCUUUUCUCGUUUUACACUGUGAAUAUGGAGGCUGAGGAGCCAAUCGAGCCCGACACGGAGAUGGAGAAGGCGGAGCUGUAGCGGAGCUACGAGCGGGAAAAAAACAAAGCAGGUGCCGACGAGAAAACUAAAAAUAAGUAGCAACUACGUAAUGUACAACAUGUCAGAGUUCGAUGUCAGAUAGAGGAUGACAAAUCUAGCAUCUCGGGUGGAAGUUCGUUGAUUUCCUUGCUGUCGUACGAAUUGACGUGAAGCUUUGUUACUAGUUUUUUUUUUACAUUUAGGCCAAAGUUGUCGCAGAAAGACCAACUUGUUUCGUUGUCCAUGAAUUAUUUUUUUUCAAAAAAUGGUCUCUCUACUACGUGCUUGUUUGACAAAACGAAAAUUUUUGCAGAUAGUUCAGUUUUUGCAUUUUAAGGUAGAAAUAAACUUGUGACGCAGGCGCAGCAGGAGCAGAUGAAUCUUGAAACUCCGAUGCCUAUGCCCAGCAGCCUGUCGGUGCUGCUGAGUAUGCUGGCGUUGAAAAACCUUUUCGUUGUAGUUUUUGGGUCAAAGGGAGCAAGUGUGGAAACAUCUAAAACUACGUCAAAGCCGUGCCGGUGCAUGGCUAGGUGCACUGGUUUGUUUGGUCUUUUAGUCGACCACUGCAAGUGACGUCUCUGGUGACCGCUUGCUUUUUGGCAGGCUACGUCCGCUCGGGCGGGUGUGCGG